UGUUCUUGCCCAAGACACUGUUUCUGAUGCGGUAGAACCUUCAACUUCACCUGGAGGCGAACCAUCUCCAACUCCGCCCGGUGCCACUCCUUUAGGUAGCUCCACACUGACAGGUUCUGUUGGUUCUACACCGACAGUUACCGCUGGUUCUGCGCCGACAGGUUCUGCUACUGGUUCAGCUGCCGUUUCUCCCGCUUCUUCCGCUUCAGCUGCUGAAAGUGGCAAAAGUUCUACCACGCCUUCCACCGCCACAAGUGCGAGUGCUGCUUCAAAUGUUCAAGUUGGCAGUAUUGAAUUGAUCAGUGGUUAUUUGAUCGCUUUAUUCAUUGGUG